ACUAGUCACUAGUCUGUCUGGUGUGUUGUUCUCCUUAAUAACGUAAUUAAUCCAUCCACUGUCAAACCAAGAAACACCAAAAGAUGGAAAAGGAAACCGAAGGCAGAAACCAUUAAUUCUCGCACAGCACAAUGUAUCUGGUCCGAUUGGUGUAGUUAGCUCCAGACCAGCUGGUCAUAAACAUGGUCUCAUCCUCAUACAGGGUGUGCAAAUCACAAUAUCUUCAGUAGACAAUUAAUUCAGGAGGAUGCAUAUCACAAUUAGCAGUAGUUUAGUCAAUUAAUUAAUGCUUCUUUUCUACACUGAUGCUGCAGGUUGCUUACUUAGUAGAUCCAAUCUAGAACACAGCGAGUCAUCUUCUUUAUAUUCAUUCCAUUCCUCCCAAAGACGCAACGUGCACACACCACCACCACCUUCAUCUCGGUGGCUUCGUUCACUCCGCCUACCUACCUACCUUUGCAGUUGGUUUGCUGAACCCUCCUCAAGAACCCACGCGCCUCUCGCGGCAGCAGCUAACCAAGCCAUGGCGCGCAAGAAGAUCCGGGAGUACGACUCCAAGCGCCUCCUCAAGGAGCACCUCAAGCGCCUCGCCGGUAUCGACCUCCAGAUCCUCUCCGCCCAGGUUACACAAUCGACGGACUUCACAGAGCUGGUAAACCAGCAGCCAUGGCUGUCAACCAUGAAGUUGGUCGUGAAGCCCGACAUGCUGUUCGGGAAGCGUGGCAAGAGCGGACUUGUGGCCCUCAACCUAGAUAUUGCUCAAGUCAAGGAGUUUGUGAAGGAGAGGCUGGGAGUUGAGGUCGAGAUGGGUGGCUGCAAGGCUCCAAUCACCACCUUCAUUGUGGAGCCAUUUGUACCCCAUGAUCAAGAAUACUACCUUUCUAUUGUCUCGGAGAGGCUGGGCAGCACCAUUAGCUUCUCGGAAUGUGGAGGAAUAGAAAUUGAGGAGAACUGGGACAAGGUUAAGACAAUUUUUCUUCCCACUGAGAAGCCAAUGACACCUGAUGCAUGUGCUCCCUUGAUUGCUACCCUUCCAUUGGAGGCACGUGGAAAAAUUGGUGAUUUCAUUAAAGGAGUCUUUGCUGUUUUCCAAGACUUAGAUUUCUCAUUUCUCGAGAUGAACCCAUUUACCAUCGUGAAUGGAGAGCCGUAUCCUCUGGACAUGAGAGGAGAAUUAGAUGACACAGCAGCUUUCAAAAACUUCAAGAAGUGGGGAAAUAUCGAAUUCCCACUACCAUUCGGUAGAGUUCUCAGUUCUACAGAAGGCUUUAUCCAUGACUUGGAUGAGAAGACAAGUGCAUCUCUGAAGUUCACCGUUUUGAACCCAAAGGGGCGCAUCUGGACAAUGGUUGCUGGAGGUGGUGCCAGUGUCAUAUAUGCUGAUACAGUCGGAGAUUUGGGAUAUGCUUCAGAAUUAGGAAACUAUGCAGAGUAUAGCGGUGCUCCCAAUGAGGAGGAGGUUCUGCAGUAUGCUAGAGUAGUACUUGAUUGUGCGACUGCUGAUCCUGAUGGCCGCAAGAGAGCUCUUCUCAUUGGAGGGGGUAUAGCUAACUUCACCGACGUCGGGGCCACAUUUAGCGGCAUCAUUCGGGCCUUAAGAGAGAAGGAAUCCAAGUUGAAGGCUGCAAGGAUGCACAUCUAUGUCCGACGUGGUGGUCCAAAUUACCAAACUGGGCUGGCUAAAAUGCGCAAGCUUGGCGCAGAACUCGGCGUCCCGAUUGAGGUGUAUGGGCCAGAAGCGACGAUGACUGGAAUCUGCAAGCAAGCAAUUGAAUGCGUUAUGGCCGCAGCAUAAAUGAAGAUGCAAGUUCUGGGAUCUGCAGGCAAGAUGCUGAAUGCGUGAUGGGUGCGACAUGGAUGAGAGUGUGGUGUAGUUGCAGUAGUUCUCUGCAGAUGGCUGAUUUGUUUCUUGAUACAUGUUAUACUUGGACGAGAUCUGGAUAGGUUAUUGAUGUACUGAAACUACUACUGCGAUGCAAUAAAAGUGAGAGUAGCGUUUCCUGAUUUGUUC